CAACAGCUCUUGUCCAGAACCGUCACUAUGAGCAGCUAUCCCGUCCCUCCACCAACGUACACGACCCCUCAACUGAAACCAUAUACCGACGAGACUCCACUUAUAGAUGUGGAGAGCGCUUCAGAGGCUUCUCCUCUUCUUGUCAGCGGAAGUAUUGCGAAUCAAAUCGAGGUCAAUGGGAUUCCGGAUGACUUUAAGUAUGGGACAACGGUGUCAGAUAGCGCCCCACAAAUUCGCAAGGCCUUCGUUCGCAAGGUUUACAGUAUACUGAUGAUUCAAAUUUUUGCGACUAUUAUCAUUGCGGGAACCGUGUCGCAGUCGUCCCAAGCGAUUGAUUGGGUUAUGAACCAUCUUUGGGCGCUCUUUGUUCCUGCUAUACUCGCUCUCGUCAACCUGAUCUUGCUUCAAUGGAAGCGUCAUUUACACCCGCUGAAUCUCGUCUUGCUGUCGACAUUCACGCUUCUAGAAGCGUAUGUUGUGGGGAUAGCUGUCGCUCACUAUGACAAUCAAAUCAUUCUCCAAGCACUCGGAAUCACCCUAGCUGUAUUCCUCGCACUGACUGUUUUCACUUUCCAGAGCAAGUAUGAUUUCGCAGGAUGGGGACCCUUCCUCUUGUCAGCAAUCAUAGUAUUCAUUACUACCUCCUUUGUCCACUUGCUGGUGGCGCCAUUCACCCACACCACUGACGUCGUCAUCACCGUUUGCGGCUGCCUGGUCUUCAGCGCAUUCAUCGUCUACGACACCUACAAUGUCAACAAGCGCCUCUCGCCUGACGAAUUCAUUGCUGGUGCUGUCAGUCUUUACCUUGAUUUCCUCAAUCUAUUCCUCCGCAUUUUGCGCUUGCAGUAG